CCAGCUUCUCUUUGAAUCGUCACUUCCGUCUCCUCCUUAGCGAAGCAAGAUGGCGGCCGUCGUAGAGAGAGUUGAUGGAUGUGUUGGGUCCUUGGACUCAGACGCGGCGUCGCCGAGACAGUCUAGCCCUCCACCGGACCAGCCGCACCAGAACAACCCGCUGUUGGGACUGCCCAUUGUGGCCAUUGAGACCGUUCUUAAUUUCCUGUCUUACGAUGAAAUCAGCCUGCUGCGCUCGGUGUGUAAGCGUAUGGACGCGAUCUGCCAGCGUGUCCUGAAUCAGGGCUUCCUGAAGGUGGAGCGUUACCACAGUCUGUGCCAGAGGCAAGUCAAAGCCCAGCUGCCCAGGCGAGAGUCUGAGAGGAGAAACCAUUCACUGGCCCGUCACGCUGACAUCCUGGCUGCCGUGGAGACGCGCCUCUCUCUGCUCAACAUGACCUUCAUGAAAUACGUUGACUCCAACCUCUGUUGCUUCAUCCCUGGAAAGGUGAUAGAUGAGAUUUACCGCGUGCUGCGCUACGUGAACUCCACUCGAGCCCCCCAGCGAGCUCACGAGGUCCUGCAGGAGUUGAGAGAUAUCUCCUCCAUGGCCAUGGAGUACUUUGAUGAGAAGAUUGUCCCCAUCCUAAAGAAGAAGCUGCCGGGGGCCGACCUGUCCGGCCGCCUCAUUGGCUCUACGCCAGUGGCAGGUCCAUCUACCUCCCUAACCACAAUGUCCCUGCUGGCCAAGAACACGCCGUCGCGGUCUGAGAUGACCAAGGUGCAGCAGCAGGUGAAGGUGAACGGGGCGUCAAUGACAGUGCUGCGGAGGGAGAUGCAGGAAAUCCGGGUCAAGCAGCUGGAGCAGCAGAAGCAGCUGCAGGACCAGGAGCAGAAGCUGCUGGAACAGACCCAGGUGAUCGGUGAGCAGAACGCCCGCCUCGCUGAGCUAGAGCACAAGCUCCGCGAGCUGAUGGACAGUAGUGCCGCUGCUAUGGGAGGAUCCAGGCCUGGCGCAGCCGCCCCCUCCACGUCCAGCAGCGCUGCUGUGUCUUCCACUGUGGCAAGUGGAAGUGGCAGUGUGGUCACAGCCUCUCUAUCCAGAGAGCCGGAGGGUGAGGGGGGGUCAUCGCUCAAACGCACCAGAAAGAGUUCAGAUCUUCCACGACAGUCCAAACGGCUGCGCAGCAAGAAAUAAGACUCAGUGUGUCAUUUAGUUAAAGCUUUCUUUUUGGUUUCGAGGUCCGACUGAUCACAUCUUCUCCCCCAAGUCCUGCCCAGCCCACCAACACUCAUCACCUGUACUGUCUGUGAGAUGAGUCAGGAGUACUCCUCCCCCAACCCUCACUAAAUCACAAUAUAGUCAGGUGGCCACCCUGUUCGAGACUAUUUAUUGAAGGUUAUAUUAAAAUGACUGUAUUGUUUUUUUUAAUGUAGACGCUUCUCUGCUUCCACAAUCAUUGGUUUGUCUCAACAGAAAUUCAGAUGGUUGGUAGAUUUGGUUAACAGAAGUCAAGUUGUACGUGUUAUUAAUGUAGAUCCUGUCUCUAGAAAAAUUAAUCUGCCAAGAUAUUUUAUUUCAGAAAUGUACACGAUUUAAAAGAAUAUCACAGUAGAACUCCAGAGGCAUGAAAGUGCUCAGGUCACCUAGAUCAUGAACCGAACUGAAGUUGCAUGUUGUGGUAAUCAGUGAUCUCCUUUCCAUUUCCACAUGGGUAGGAAGUCUAAAUCCAUUCACAUUCAUUUAAUUCACACUCGCUUCUUCUUACUCUGGCUAAGUGCAAUAAAAGUCAUCUGAAAAGUAAGACAUAAGUCAUAUUCUUUGCCAGUAGCACAGAUUGUGAUUCACAAAGGAGGGAUGGGGUCUUAAAGAGGGGAGAGAAGUGUUCAGGUGGCACCAGCUCUGUGGUGUUGAUGUGUUGUGCUACUGUAUGUGCUGUGAAACUAAACUGCUCUCUAAUGCUCUUUUCGGAUCAUACCAGUGUUCUUACAUAUUUCAGCCUAUUUAACACAAAUAAUGCACAGCUCGGUUCAGCUGAACGGUUGAUUAAGUACAAUGAGUGUUUCAGUACUUGAAUGAGUUGUUUCUCAUUUCUAGAUCGCCAUUUAUUUCCAUUCUUUUCACUGCAGAAGCAUGUGCUCCAUGACAUGCCUUAGUUUUCAAACUGAUAAACGGAAAACAAGGUUCUGUUCCUGGAAACGUUACAAUGUCUCCUCUCUGCCGAUCAGGGGUGAUCAACAUUAGACUCACGGUCCUCUUACUAGCUUUCUCCAGAGCUUGCAGCCACUUCCCUCAGUCCCAACUACCCUAAAUACUAGUUUAUAGUUCAGAUUGCUUUGUUGUAAAUUGUAAAUAGUUUGACAAAAUUAUUUUUCCCCAAAGUCCCUUGCAAGCUUCUUUUUGACACUUUCAAACAUAACCCACUCUCUUUCUACAGUAUGUGUUGGACAUGAGCUUGAGAUGCUGUUGAAAGCUCUGGAAAGGGAAACUAGUAUGUGGACCUUUUCAUGUUUUUCCCAUCAAACCUCUAUUUCUCAAGAUCUACUUCCGGGCUUUUAUUCUGACUUCAGGCGCAUCUCACAGCCUUCAGUGGAGUUUAUUUCCAAGGUUUGUAGAGUGAUUACCAGCAGACGGUUCAGUCUGAAGUAACUCCACAUCUUCUCUAUAUCAUGUGACCGUAUCGGUCGCGCAGCUCGGGAUCGCAUCGGUCACGUCGUGUCCGGUCUACCGUUGAAUGACAAUUGUUUAUCACAAAUGAAAAUCCACAACAUGACUCAUUUCAGAUGUUUACAGUACGUACACUAAAUCCGCAUAGUAUGCAGUGGGAAUGCACUGCAUACUUUAAAUGUAAGGUCAUACCUGAUUUGAAUAGUACGUCAUGUGACCUGCUGGACUCGGACACUCGGUGACUGUUGCCCAGGCUAAUUAUUUGUAGUAAAUAGGUGGAAAACACUUGUAUGGUCCUUGUAUUCACUGUAUGUACUGGCAUUUAAAGGCUCUGUUCCUCUCACUUCCUCUUUAGUGCCAUUCAGAUUGUUUCUGGUUUAUGUUUGGACAUGUCUGUCUCCGAGGCGUCUGUCUCCGAGGCGUCUGUCUCUGAGGCGUCUGCCUCCGACCCCAGAACAAGGGACCUACAUGGGGUUGAGCCCAACUGCAUGGAUAGAAGUCACCAGAGGGAAGUGAAAAAAAUCUAUUUUUGACCCUUGAGAAGUUGCCUUUUUGUCUUUAAAUGCUGUUACGACUUUAAAGUUGAAGUGUAAAAUCAGCGCGUUGCCAUGAGAGUAAGGAAGCCACUAGAACGUGUGACUGGUGUGCAGUGACCGUAGAGGGGUUGGGCAUGUUCCACAUGUGAGCAACUGGAUGGGUCAGGGUGAGUUCCCCCAGCGGUCGCUACUCUUCCUCUCCUGUACACACCCGGCUCUUGCCUGCAGGCUAUAGCUUAGCUCUGAGCCCAUAUUGUGGCUGUACUUUAGUUUUCUUACUUUGAAGCUCUUCAGUUGUUCGGAUGACUUACUCAUGGCAUGAACUUUUGUUAAAGAAACUUUGGAGAUUGCAGUUCACGUCUUGGAGAACACUGGCGCAUAUUCUGAUCACACUGGGCCAAACAAAUAAACAAGAUGAUGUAAACUAGUGGCUUCAUUUGAGACUGUAUCUCAGUUUAGAGAACUACUGUAAUCUUCCUGUACUUUCAAGUAUAGAUUGUGAAUUAUUCUGUAUGUAUACCAAGAAAACUAUCUUUUGAGUUGGCCAGCUUGGGGCUAACUGUCUGGUUUUGUGGCACUCAUUGCUGUUCAAAAUGUACAAAUGAAACCUAUUAAAAACUCAACGUAUCACAUA